AUGCAUAGAUUAUUCAUACGGUGAGAGCAUAGCUUAAAAAUUCCACAGAAAUUUCUAGAAGAGAGAGAGAUGGCAAAUCCUAAGGUUUUCUUCGACCUUACCACCGGCGGUCAACCGACUGGCCGUGUAGUGAUGGAAUUGUUCAACGAUGUAGUUCCGAAAACGGCGGAUAAUUUCCGAGCACUCUGUACCGGAGAGAAAGGCGUCGGAAAGUCCGGCAAGCCGUUACACUACAAAGGAUCAUCAUUUCACCGUGUGAUCCCUGGAUUUAUGUGUCAAGGAGGUGAUUUCACUGCCGGAAACGGUACCGGUGGUGAAUCGAUCUACGGCGCCAAAUUCGCCGACGAGAAUUUCGUUAAAAAGCAUACUGGACCUGGAAUUCUCUCCAUGGCUAAUGCUGGCCCUGGAACUAACGGAUCGCAGUUUUUCAUUUGUACGGCCAAAACCGAGUGGCUCGACGGAAAACACGUGGUGUUUGGUCAAGUUAUUGAAGGAAUGGAUGUGAUUAAGAAAGUGGAGGCCGUUGGAUCUAGCUCCGGCAGGUGCUCGAAGCCCGUUGUGAUUGCUGACUGUGGUCAACUCUCUUAGAUUAUUAAUCGUAUUAAUUAAUGUUAAUGAUGAUCUAAACUAGUUAACUAUGUGAUCGCAGCGUACUGAUCUGCCGUUUUUCGUUUUUUUUUCCAGUUUUUUCCUUUUUGAGCUUAUUGUGGGUCGGGUUUCGGGCUUACUGUGUCGGGUCUUUACUGUAAUUGGUCGUUUUUAAAACUACCAGUGCAAGUUAGAAUUGGAAUAAGAUUAGAUUUCUCGGUUUAUUUCA